UCUUUCUCAGGAGAUGGUGUCAUAUUUUCAGAAGUGACAACGAAUUUGAAUCGCAUCCCUGCUCAACCCCGUGCAGUAUAGCGGCAGUCCUAGGCAAAAGUUGUGACCAAUUGAUUCGUUUUUAAAGCCAGCUUGUGAAGUUACUGUGUUGUUGGAUAUUGAUUGAUACGUUGUUGUUCAGUUUUUUUUUUAUUUCUUUUAGUUCACCCAAUGAAAGUAGAAAUCGCCAUGAAUGAUCUAGGAGGCAGUAGUCGUUGUAAGAAGGGCAGCGAGUGUUGUAUCUCCCGCUUGCUCAGUGUGGUUGAAAGUGAAUUGCAGGCGGGUCGAGAGAAGGGGGAUCCCACCGAGAAGAAACUCAAAGUGUCUCUGGAGGAUGGGGAACUCUGGAGGAAAUUCAAGGAGAUCACUAAUGAGAUGAUCGUCACCAAGAACGGAAGGUACACGCCCGCCGAAACGUCAGCUCCUGACCUCAGCCUGGCUACAGACGCUUCACACGCAGGAUUCGGCAGUCUCGUCUUCGAGAAAACACGUUUACUAAAAAUGACAUACACAGUGCACAGUGGUAGUAGAAAUAACUAUUGGAGAAUGUUCCCUGUGCUCAGGGUCAGUGUGUCAGGUCUGGAUCCCAACGCCAUGUACUCUUUUCUGCUGGACUUUGCGCCUGCUGACAGUCAUCGCUGGAAGUACGUGAACGGGGAGUGGAUCCCUGCUGGCAAGCCUGAGCCACAGGCCCACAGCUGCGUGUACAUCCACCCUGACUCCCCCAACUUCGGAGCUCACUGGAUGAAAUCCCCCAUCUCCUUCAGCAAAGUCAAGCUGACCAACAAGCUCAAUGUGGGAGGACAGAUUAUGUUGAAUUCUCUACACAAGUACGAACCCCAGAUCCACAUCAUUCGAGUUGGAGUGAGUCACAAGAUGGUCACCAAUCUCUUGUUCCCCGAAACGCAGUUUAUUGCUGUGACAGCAUACCAGAAUGAAGAGAUUACAGCCCUGAAGAUCAAGUACAACCCUUUUGCCAAAGCCUUCCUGGAUGCAAAGGAAAGAACCCAUCCUAAGGACAUCCUGGAAAGCCCCUCUGAAAACCAGCACAUGGGAAUGCCCCACUGUGGCUGGUUGAUCUCAAACUCAGAAGCCCUGUGUGCUCCUGGAAGCCCUAACUAUCAGUACGGCGGGGGCCUGCCUCUGCCUCCUAACCCCUCUCACCACAGCUACGAGCGCUACUCCUCCCUACACCAUCACCGGUCAGCCCCCUACCCCACGCCCUACAUCCAUCACAAUCACUCCUCAGCUGUGACGCUGACAGAGAGCACAUUGAGCAGCUUACCGGUUUUCCCUGCUCAUGAGAACUGCUCAGCUCUGUCGCCAACACCACCCCACGCCAGCAUGCUGCCCAUCACCCCCGCGUCUGCAGCAGCCAGCUCCAGUGCCAGUCAGCACCCUUGUCUAUGGACUGUCAGCAACUGCACUGUCAACACCUCCAGUCCUGCAGGGGGAGCUAUGAGUUAUUCUCAGAACCAAGUGCUGCGAGGAUCCGCUGCCAUGGAAACGCCAGGAGAGCAUGCACACUGGACAACACUCUCAUCUCACGCCUUCUAAUGGAAAGAGUUUAAUCCUCACCUAAAGAUGAUCAAACAGUUACAGGGUUAUGGCAUCUUAAUCUGGGAUCAGAGUGCAUAUGUUAAUUAAUGGUUGGCCGUCAUGAUAGCAAAUGUGGUUGGGAGAGCUGGUGACAGGUUUACUAGAGUAAAUUUCCACGGUCAUUUUGCAGUAUUCCCAUGGUUAUACAUUGCAUUUACCAUGGUUAGCCAUGUUUUCAACAUACUUCACCACACCUCUCUGUGCUUUAUAAUGCUUACCUAUACACUUUACCAUGCUUUCACUAUGCUUUAUAUGCUUUAUUACAUGUUACUAUGCUUUUACUAUGGGAGACUUUUCUAAGGGCAUGGUCAUCGCAUUGAACCCUUGCCCCCCCCCCCCCCCCCACAUUAAAAGUGCCUCAAUUUAUACUUCUUUGUUUAUUUUCAAGAAAAUGUGUACAGAUGUACGCCUUUUAAAAUUACAAAUGAUAUAGACUUUAAGUGUGUUCUGCACAUAUUACAAAAAGUGGAUAUUUGUUAUUUAUAUGUGUUUUGUAUUUGUAUUGCCUAAUGUUCAUUAAAAAGCAAUAACUGUGUAAUAAACAGUAGCAUAUCUCA